CGGGACGGACCGCUCGGUUCCACGAUCAGUUUCAAAUGUCGACGUACAAACAAAACGCUGCGUCCCUAACCUUCUCGUGAGAAGCGCGUUUCGUUGGCAGGGCAGAAUAUUGGGGCAUCUUGCGUGGAGGGCAACGCCAGUGAACGUCCACGAUGGACAAGGUGGUGGUGUUGCAAAGAAUGGAAAAUGUGUGCAGGCUUUGCCUCUCCGAAGACGAGCCGAAAUUGUCGGUGUUCGGGUCGCAAGAAACUCCGGUAUCACUGGCCACUAAGAUACAAGCCUGCCUAUCGAUUCAGAUUUUAGCCACGGAUAGGUUGUCGACGCAGAUAUGUUCACAGUGUGUUAAAAAUGUGAAUCAGUGGCAUAAUUAUAAGGAAACAUGCCUUCGGUCGCAAGAUAAGUUACAUCAAUGGUUGGAAAAACAUACACAAUCUAGCCCAUUGGUUGUGACUAUCAAAGAUGAACCCGUAGAUCUGGACUUUUAUGAAGACAAUAUUGAGGUCAUUUCAGAAUCUUCCAUCGCAUCAGAACUAGAAUCUACUAACCUUGAUGAAAGUCUAGAUGACUCUGUAAACACGCUUCAUAUCCAAGAGAUAAGUGAUGAUGAAACAGAUGAUGCAAGAGUUCCGCCAGCGUUAACAAAACCUUUCGAUUCAUGUAUAAAGUCAGAGCCACCAGAGGAUUGUGAUACAGAUUGUACUAUAGAGAUAGAGUCCAUUACUGGCAGCGAGCUGGUGUUAAACCCCCUCUCGAACAAGGAAGAUAGAAUCAUGGAAGCUGAUUCUACGCAAAAGUCCAACGCGUCAGCAUCAGUGAUUAAAAAGAAACUUAGAAGAGGUCCUCAUACUCAUUAUAGGGGACCACGUGCAUUUAAGCAAAAGUGUGUGCAUUGCCAAAUCUUUUUGCAUUCUAAAUAUACCUAUACAAAGCACAUGGAACGAUUUCAUUCGGAUAAGCAAAAUGGUAACGCUGAUGACCAGGUGAAAGUUGAAGAAGAAGUUGAAGAUCUGGAAGAUGAAUUAAUGAGUAUGGAGAAGGACGCGCCACUGACACAGGUGCAACAGAAUAUAAUUAGUCAACUGAAGACUUUUUCAUGUUAUUCCUGUCAGCAGUUGUUCAGUGAUCGCAGAUCUACACUUUCACAUAUUCGUCAACACAUGCCGGAUCUGAGACCGUACACGUGUAUCGCAUGUUUAACAGAGUUCCCUGAUCGCUCGAUGUAUAAGCUGCAUUGCGGUGCGUCUUUCGAGUGCGCAAUGAAAAUCGCUCUAGUGAUACCAAACCAAGGCGAGGAAAAAUAUUUCACAUGCAACAUGUGCUUGCGUUCCAUGCCAAACAGAAAGGAAUUGCUCUGCCAUCUUUCAAAGCACUCUGAUAAACAGUAUCAACAAUUAGUUAAGCCAUCACGAUCGCCUCCUAAACUCAAGCCAAUUUCUCCUCUGCCAGCUGCUAAACAAGAGUCUCCUACAAAGAAAUCAAUCGCAGGCGGUCCGGAUGUCCCUCAUCCUUACAAAAACGGUGACCCAGCGCAUAACCAUAUUUGCGAUUUAUGUGGCAUGAUCUACAGAUACAAGCCUAACAUGUUGAAGCAUAAAGACUUGUGUCAGCGUUUGCAGCCAGAUCUUCGAAUCUCCUACAAGUGUAUGCACUGCGGAAUGACUUAUCUGGUAUUCAAGAAAUUCCAUAACCAUAUCACCCAAGACCAUAAAAAGAAAGACUUUUUCUGUUCCGAAUGUGGCGCUAAAUUUAGAUCACCUAGCGAAUUCUUGAUGCACUACGACGGGCAUCGUGGUAAAAUGAACAAGAAGCCAGUGUUGGAGAAGAACGACUCAGCUGCCAAAAAUGCGCAGAACUUCUCAAUGCCCAUCAAAGAUUGGGACACGUUUGAGGCUGAAAUGAAUGACGGCAGGUUAUCCGACAGUAACCAGUACAGUUGUGCUUUGUGCAAUUUGGAAUUUGCUACUAGAGCCGAGUUGACGGAGCACAGGAACCUUCAUCUGAAAGUGAAGAUCUAUUCUUGCGUGAUUUGCCGCAGUAUGUUCAGCAGCGCGGGUGCUUUGGAGAUCCACAUGAAGGAUCAUGGUAUAGAGGACCCCGGCGAGAGAAACGCGAACAGCUCGUGCGUAGAGUACGGAACCAUGAAGGACAGUCCAGAGGAUUGUAAACCGUUGAACGUGAGCGCCACCUCAGACCCAGGCCCUAAAAAGAACGAGUGCCGCGAAUGCGGCAAGGUAUUCUCGAAUUACGCGAACGUCAGACGACACAUACGUAACAUCCAUAAGACGAAUAAGUAUCGCGUGAUUUGUCCCCAGUGCCCCCGGAAAUUUAAGAGCAAGGAGAUCUGCAGCAGGCACAUUGCGACCGAGCACAAAACUGGCAAGACCAUGCGCCAGUGUCCACAGUGCCCGAAGAGCUUUGUCUUCCAAGCGAACCUGAACCUCCAUUUCCAGACUGCUCACAAGAACAAGAAAGUCGGUGGCUACGAGUGCGAUAUCUGCGGCAAGACGUUCCAAGAGGAAGCGUCCCUCAAAAUACACCGGGGAUGGCACAACAGAACGAACUCCCGGUUGAGCUUGCGGAAACCGCCGGCGCUCGAAGUAGACCGAAAGAUUGUCAAAGAUCCGUUGGCGAUUAAACCUGAAGAGAUACACAACGCCAGCCCCGACAAGCCCGCCAGGGCAAGGAAAUCGUUCCCCAAUUCGGCACCCGUGAAACCGGAGGGUAAAUUCCAGUGUCAGGUAUGCAACGACAAGUUCAACGAUGUCACCGAACUGAGGAAACACUUGUGGGACGUACACUGCGCUCACAAAAGCGAGAAAACGUUCACAAGCGAGGGGCAUAUCUGCGAUAUCUGUAGCAAUAUCUAUCCCGACAAAGAGACGCUCGACAUUCAUAUGAACUGGCACAAGUCGUUCACGAGCCUCAGUCGUGUUAGGAGAGCCAGGAACCAGGGUAACUUCCCCUGCGACAUCUGCGGAAAAUUCUACAGCUCGAAGAAGGUGCUAUGGAGACACAAGAAGCUACACAAAGCGACCAGCCUCGCCGCCGCUACGUUGCAGUCGGCGACUAGAAAGCCGAUGCCGAAUCAGCAUAUUUGCACCAUUUGCCACAAGAUCUUCUGCAGCAAACAGUCACUGCAACGUCACAGGAUGAACAUCCACAGCGAGGUAUCCACCCAGCAGCAGCAGACGAUAUUCUCCAGCAAGAGGAGGGUGUCCCAGGAAGAGCCGAGCCCGAAGAAGCUGAAACUGGAGAAGGAAGAGGAAGUGGAGAUCCUGCCGAAACCGAACAUGGUCGUAAACACAGUAGCUGGCGGUAAGAAGCCGGUGAUGUGCCACGUUUGCAGGAAGUUCUUCGCGAACAUGAGCGUGUUGUACAAACAUAAACAAGUGGUGCACAGCAAGUCCCGGCUUAUGAAGCCCGCGGUGAAAGCGCCCGUGCCCGCGUCGUCGUCCACGAUAAACCAAUGCAUCCCGGUGCCCGGAACCGACGGCAAGGUCUGCUGCAACAUCUGCUACAAGGCUUUCCACGCCAUACCAAGCUUGCGCCAGCACUUCACCAUCAAGCACAAGAACACUCCGCCGAAGUUCGCGUGUCACAUCGACGGCUGCAAGAUGAUAUUCCCGUCGUCGGCGACCCUGAGGAAUCACGAGGUGUCCCACAACAACACGAUCUUCAACUGCAACCUGUGCAGUCGCCAUGUGUUCAACAAGCAAGCGAUGACCGACCACAUGCUGACGGCGCACAACACCGUCUACGACGCUGAAAAGAGCAAGAACUUUCAUCGGGAAAUGGACCUGACACUCUACGUUGUGGAGAACGCGGUCGACGCAACUUGUCCCCACUGCAAGAUCAAGUAUCCCAACAACAGGGCCAUGAAGAUCCAUUAUUUCAAAUUCCACGACUACGCCAACUAAGCUCAGAUCCCUGUUACGCGCAAUCGGGCAUGGUUCCGAUGAACUCUCCGCUAUCGAAACUCGUCGGGUGUCCAAAAUGACUUGGCCGCCGAGUGUACCGAUCCAAUGGGGCAGCAAAGGACAUAUUGUACUCUUUAACUUUUCUACCAUGUGACGAACCCGGGUGAUUCUAGGCACACGCAUACAUGAACACAAACCCGUACACAUACCGUGAUUACUGUUAUUGUUUCGUUUCUUAGUGGUACGUUCUUAUAUCUCUGGCAGAUCGGCUUGUUUAUUCGUCACGGGCGACACUAACUUUGAUCAACGAGGAAAACUGUGUACAUAAUCCACGAUAGUUGUAGAGUAACGAUGAAUGAGAGAGGGUGAGAGGAAUCGAGGAGGAAGUAAUCUAUUUCUUUUUGUUUAAUCUGUUAACGGCGACGUCGAUACACUUUUUAGCGCACUCCGGUAGCAGCCCAACGAAUGUUUUUUAUUAAAAAUAACAACAGCAUUUGUCGACGCGACGCGACGCGGCGUACGCCACCUAUUCGAUCGAUUGUUCUCAGUUAUGGUAUUAUCAUACGAACGAAUCAAUUGUGUGAUCUCUAUUGCAAACAGUCACAUCACUGUCUCAACCUUGUUACUUCUUUUUUGUUUUCCUUUUUUUUUGUCUUCGUCUACUUCGAAAUCGUGCUGGCAGCAUUACGUUUCAACGGGGUCGCAUUUAUUUGUGCAUUUCCGGAUGUGGCUGCCUGAUUUUUUUUUAUACAGUACAGACGAGCGGUUAGUACGGCAGUGUGGAUAAGGAUGAAGGAUGAUCGACAUCCUCGGUGAUGUCGGGAUCGUACCUUAAAUUUAACCGAACGUUGUUACUGGUCGCUGGGAUUAUAAGAGCUCUUUAUUGUCUUUGAUUUUAUUAUAACGCAUAUUUGUAUAUGCAUCGUGUAAACUGUAGCGUUUUGCAUAUAGUGAACAAAUAAAAGGAGGACUAAUAUGUGUAGAUCUUCGAUUUUCCAAGCGCCAUCACUGUUGCUCACGGCGGAAACGCCACGCGGAGGAUUCUGCUAGUUUCACCAAAAUCGUCGUUCCUCCUUGAAACGUUUAGCUGAUCCGUCGUGAAAAAUCGGCGUGGAAAAAUGCAAUGGAUUGUUUGUUUUCAACACGAUUCGAUCGAUUUCCUCCAGUUUGAGCUUGAGAGGACAUAACAUAACCUAUGAAGCAUUCCAUGAGUCGAAUCAGGAGAAAAGAAUCAACGUGUUUCCUUAUUUCGAACGACAUAGUCUCGUAAUCAGUCGUCGCUUCUUUAUUCUGUAGACCCAAGCAAUCAUUGUUUCAAAGAUAUUAGGAAUACCUAGGAAGAAUGUUUCGUUUCUUGGAUAGGUUACAUGAUUAGGUUGAUUAACCUAGAAGCAAGCCAUUUAAGCACGAUUCAUCGUCUAAGUCGAUCCAAUUUAACUUUGGAAUAUGUUUGAGUUGUCCUUAUAGUAAUAUUUUAGAAGGACGUAGUAUAAUCGUCGAAUGUCUCUUUACGUUCUCUACGAUCAUGAAUUACUAUACGUGUUUGUAAACAGAACAUUUCCUACACACACUUGAUCCAUUCAUCGGUCAUCGUUGCACGAUGCAGAAAGAAUGUCCUUUCUAGAUUGAUUUAUCAAUGAAUUGUCUUGCUCGACGUGAUCGUAGGAAGUUUCGGAGAUCCAAGUUGCAAAAUAUGUUUCAAAUAUGCUUCAAAUAUUGAAAUUAACUUUUUAUAAAAAUCAACUGACGAAUCCAGAAAGAGCAAUUAUUUUAGCUUUUAAGCCUCUUUGCACCCCAGUGCCUCCCAACGAUGCUUGCCGUUAGCAGAUCCGCAGAUUUUCUCGAUUAAUUAGCCAGAAUCCUGAUUAAUGAAUUCGACGAUCACAGAACCACCUGCUCUACUAACUGCAUAUCACCUAUAAACCACCGAAUGUCUCAGGGAUCGAUAGAAUUUCGCCGGGCGAUCCACCAUUUCGAGCAGCGUAUUUUAAAACGCGAGUUUUUACGCGCGGACAUCACUUUCCGGAGUUUGCUUUUUUAAAAGAAAUCGAUCGUUUGUACUUUGUAAGCAGCGUUGUCCGCGAAAGAAUUCGACGAGUGCCAGUUCCAGAGAUCAUCCGAGAUGCACCGGGACUCGCACACGUUGUACCAUGAUUUCGCCUACUGUUAUCUUCCUCACGGCAGAUGCUCGAGACUCCGCGAUACGAUCGCGAUAUUUCAAAGCACCCACCUGCCGUUUUUACCGAAAAAAGAAAAGAAUAGACAUAAUAAAAUAUCUAUAUAUUUCUGUACACCGAACACUCUUUUGUAUGACAAUGUUUUUAGACUGCAAGGACGAGAUUCCGUCGACAUCGAUUUUGGUGAACUGAUACCGAGUUCCACCGCACACGAUCGUUGCUCUUCUGUUUGUUGCGAACAAGGAAUAGAUUAUACUGGACACUUCACGAUACGUACGCAAACGUGAAAAUUAAAGUGAUCACUAUAAUUACUUUUUACCUUCCCCCGACAUGCCCAUGUAUAUUGUAUCAAUAUAUUCACUUCUGUAAACUCGCAUAUUGUUUCUCUUGAACGACGAUUCUUUUGUCACCCUGCAGAGUAUUUCUCGUUCUUCCCGACACCCUUCCCUGGCCGACCGGCCGCCACGUUCCGCAAACAUGGCGGUUGCAACUUACUAUAUCCGUUAAUAGAAACGUAAUCGAGUUAUUUUAAUAAAUAAAUCAAUUUUAA